UCCUUCAUGCAUUCCUCUGGGGGCUCCACCGAGUGGGCAAACCCGAUUGCCGGAGAUCCGGUAUUUGUUCUUGGCCUCCUGGAACAGGGGAGAGGGACAGAGAACGGCAAGGAUCGGCAGCUCAAUCACCUAUUUAGCUCGAGCAUUUAAUGCGGAUGUACUUCGUAUAAUCCUCUCCACGCACGGUGUUUUGUUUGUUCUACCGGCUUCUUUAUGCCCGCCCACCCAUGUGCCCGGCGUGGCCCGGGCCGGUGCGCCGCCGCAUGUAUAUAUAUAGCCGGCGCAUGGCGCGAAGCAGCACCCGCCGCUUGCCAACCACUGUGGGAGCACAGCACGGAGCUUAUAUAGUGAGACUAGGUAGGUAGCGCUACGUGAUCGCGAUCAUGGCGUUAGUGCGGGAGCCGAUGGUGAUGUGCGGCGGCGGCUUCGACGCCGAGGCCCCCGUGUUCGACGCGCUCGGCUACGGUGGCCACUACGCGCUGCUCGGAGGCCUGGACGCGGCGGCGCUCUUCGGGGGCUAUGCGUACGCCCAUGACGAGCCAGCCGGCGCCGCCAGCGCCUACGCGCCGGAGAGCGCGAGCUGGGCGGGCGCGGGGGCGUCCGUGCUCGCGUUCGACCGCGCCUCGCGGGGCCAGGCGGUCCAGGCUCUCGCGGAGGAGGAGGCGUGGAUGGACGCCAUGGACGAGGACCAGCACGCGGGCCCAGCGUCCACCAUAGGGUUCGACCCAGCCACAGGCUGCUUCAGCCUGACGCAGAGCUCCGGCGGCGCGCGGCGGCCGUUCGGGCUCCUGUUCCCGAGCACGUCCAACGGCUCGCCCGAUGCCGCAGCACCGGCGCGCGGUUCCUCGAAGCGAUCGUACGCGGACCAGGAGGCGGAGCCGCGGGCCAGCAAGAAGCCGUGCGGUGCGAGCAGGAAGACGAGCAAGGCGAAGCCGGCGGCGCCCACCACCACCUCGGCCAAGGGGGGCCCGCAAAGCCACACCGCAAAGAACCGGCGGGAGAAGAUCAGCGAACGGCUCCGGACACUGCAGGAGCUGGUGCCCAACGGCACCAAGGUCGACAUGGUCACCAUGCUCGAGAAGGCAUUCAGCUACGUCAAGUUCCUGCAGCUGCAAGUCAAGGUGCUGGCGACGGACGAGUUCUGGCCGGCGCAAGGGGGAACGGCGCCGGAGAUCUCCCAGGUGAAGGAGGCGCUGGACGCCAUCUUAUCGUCGCAGAGGGGGCAACUGAACUGAACUGCUUAGCUAGCCUCCGUGGCAAACGUAUGGUAGAGAUUAAUCAGUGACGAACCACCUCGUUCGAAGAUAAAUAAGGUUGCCCUAUAUAUAUACGUACUUGAUCUGAUGCAGUGAUGUAGAGAGAGAGAUAUUUAACAUUUUGUUAAGGACUGUGAUAUUGCCAUAUAA